AUUUUGAUGAGCAGCUACGCGUUUGGUCGCGGGCUCGCCAGCGAAGCACCUCAGCAGCCCUUCAAGGUUGUGGAGUCCAGCUGUCUCCUUUGCCCUGAUGGCAUUGAAGGUCGAUGAGUUCUGCAGCUUCCUGGCCACGCGGAACUUGCCAGAUUGGAUGGUGGCGCAGCUGCGGACAAACUUGGAGGAGAAAGCCUCUCCCGACGUCACGUCAGCUCCGCUCACCACCGAGACGUUGGCGGAGAUGGGAAUCGCACACCCAUUGCACCAGCGUCGGAUUCUGCGGGAAGUGCAAUGCUUCAUGAAGUCCGCGGAAGCUGCGGAGUCCUCCAUUCCAGCUGCACCAGGAUCGCGGCCAAAGGCCAAGAUCAAGCCGCGACAGAUGGUCUAUGAACGUGACACCAGAUGGCCAUACCUGGACAUUGCAUGUGUGAAGCUACUGAAAGAUGAACCGAAGAUAGCGACACCGUACGGCCACUGGCAGCGAAGAAUGGCACUAGAGGCGAAGACAAACGUCGGGAAGGACAACUGCCUGAGGAUGCGUUCGAAAGAAUCUGUGACCUCCUUCGGCAAGACCAAGUCGGAUCUAUCGGAAGGCUUUGAAGAAGAUGGCACGCCAACUGCCACGAAAGACGUUGCAGACGAUGGAAUGGUAUCAGAUCUAUCAGAGGGUCCAAGCAUGGACUGGCAAGAUUGGCUCAGCAGUCGCUUGCACAGUUGGGGGAUGUUAUCCUUGGUGGAUGAGGUCUUGAAGGUUGCCGUCUUGGGAAACUUGACCGAACUCAGGGAGUUGGUCUUGCAGGUGCAGGCGCACGGCACGGGUUUUGCUGAGUCUCUGGAAAAGACACCAGUCCCUUCACAUGUGCCAGUCUUCCCCGAUGCACCUGAAGAAGAUAUACCGCCCUGCACCAUUUGGAAGUGGGUCAUGUGGCGAUUGGACUCCCUAGAACGAGCAGACACGCGACUGCAAAAACUCCUCAACAAGUGCGAAGAUCUGGCUGAUCAAGUCAUGGGAUAUUCGACAGUGACGCGUGAGAUCUCUAUAAAGCCUGCUUCGCAUAAGAAGAAGGGGACCUUCAACAUGAAGAAGCUGAUGAUGGGAGUCUCAGUAGUCUCAGCUGUGUCAGCUGUCUCAGCUAGUUCGGCAGCUUCAGAUGCCCCCCCCCGGAGCUCCAGCUCUGUGAUCUUGGAAUCCACGUCUUCAGCUGUGCGGAUGAAGAAUGAAGCGAAGCCGAGUGCUUUGGAGCGUUUCCGGAAAGUGGCACAGCUCAUCUUGUCCCACAUCAAGGGGAAGCGUCAGGAAGGCCUGGUGGCCAGCACGAAGCUGCUCACCUGUGUGGCCAUGCAAUCCAAGGUAACAAACUUAAGACAUGACUUGGAGAACAUGAUGGAAGACCUGGACAAGUGGCCUCAUCUCAUCAGCGAGAAUCGUCAGAGCUGUGAAUCAAUGGUGACUCGUCUACACCAAGCAUCGCAGUCGCUCUUCAGUCGCUUCGUAGACUUACGGCAGCAUGUGGAGCUGGAAUUGAGGGAGGCGACCAUCGGAGAUCAAGGCACUGUUGAGACAUGCAGGCUGGAGAACAAAAUCGUCGACGUGCAAAGGGAGAUGGCCAGCUCGUUGCUGCUGGGGACACAUGCGCUGCAGAUGGCCGAAAAUGCUGGCGUCGGUUUGCAGGCCAAUGGCAUUCCCGAACCGCCCAACCCCUGGGAAGGGCUGAUAUUGCCGGAACCGCCGUGGGAGGCGAGUUUCCUGCGCGCCUUGCGUAAGCUGGAGCCGCUGCGUCGAAACUUGCAGUUCCGACGACAGGGGACCGCACUGACCGUAACCUCCCGGCCAAAGAGGCUCAAGAGUGCCAGCAAGUCGUCGAGGUUCAGGAACAUGAAGCCUGGCCAAUCCAUUCCUGAAGAGCUUUUAGCUCAGCUACUCCAACGCUAGAGCCGUUGGAGGAGAUGCAAAGACCUCCCCGAAGACCGGGGAGUCUGUCUAUGUGUUGAUAUAUUUUGUACAUAGAAUUGCCAGGCCGUGGGCAAAUGUUAAGCAUGUUGGUCACUGUGAAACCUGGUGCAAGCAGCAAAGCGAAAA